GUUUGCAAAUUAUUUGGGUUCCUUUAUGGAGCAUGCAUUAGUGGGAGAUCUACAGCUCUUUGCUGAUGAGCCAACUCUUCAGAAAUUUGCCCAAGAUCCAGUCAACUUACAACUGAUCAGUAACCUCAGUUUACCCAGGGAGACGGCUGUGUAUUACACCUCAUUCCUUACCUCUGCACCUGGCUUCCAACUAGCAAGCCUCCCGGACAGAUUGGUUUGCUACCUCAGCCCCUCUGCCGUGAGCGACCUUGACAGACAGGACGCUUUAAAUCUGGCUCGGAGGAUCACUAAAACCUGUGUCCCAGGUCCGAUGCGCAGAGGCACCAGCGAGGAGAGGCCUGCACCUUCUCUGACCACCGAGGAGCGGCAGGUUGCAACCUUGCUGGUGAACAAAUUUGAACAAUUCCCUCCUGAAACCCUGAAUGCCUUGGGUCAGGCUGCAGUCGGGCUGUCCGUGUCGCAGAUUGAGACUGGCAUCAGCGACAGAGACCUCAAAGCAUCUCUUCCUUCCCUGAGUGAAGUUUAUGGCUGGAAUGCUGAACAGUCCAGCACUAUCGUUAACAAAUUAUUCAACUCUGGCUAUCAGAUCUUGGAUGCACAAAACCUGGCAGCACUAGGGAGUUUGGUGGCCGGCUUAAGCAGCAGCAGACUUCAAAGUCUGCCUCCAAAAGUGAUCUUGGAAGCUGUUAAGAUCCCUGGGUUUGUGAAGCAGAUAGUGACCGUGCCCUCUGCUCUGAAAACGGCACUUGUGGAAAAGAUUGCUUCAGCUGCAGGGAGCCCCGUCAAUCUGGUUAAAUAUGUCCCAGACAGUCUGGCUAGCUACAUCCCGAAAUCACUGCUGGCUUUUGGUAACGAAACGCCCAGCAUUCAGGAGCUCAACCAGAAACUGUGGAGCCGAGAACAAGCCGCCAUGUUUUUCAACGAUGUAAUAAAGACAGCGUCCGACUUCAGCAGACUUUCCCCUUCUGUCCUCCAAGGCUUCACCUGCGCAGCAGCCAAUGAGAUGGAAACAGAGAGAUUUCAGCAGCUUGCCAAAACCAUGAAGCAGAAGAAUGUCAAGCUAGGAGAAGACCAGCUGAGUUGUUUGGCUAAGAGGGUGACGCUCAACGGCAUUCCCAAGGAUUUAGACAACUAUCCUAAAGACAUGCUGCUGUUUUUAAGCCCUUCAGAUUACGCAGGGACCGGAAGCUGUCAACAGUACUUCAGUAACAUUGGGGAAGCAAACAUUGAUCUGCUGCAGAGAGAUUCCCCACAGCGGAAACAGCUGCUAGUGGAAGCCUUAGCUUGUUUGAAAAUUCCUGGCACCACGGUGAGCGAAGAAAACGCAGAGAUUCUGGGCCACUUGGUUUGUGACCUCGGUGAAGAAUACAUCAGAAGUUCCAGUGGGAGUUUGCUGCCGCAGUUAAAUGAAUGUGAAUCCUUCAUGCCCAGUCAAGAAGAGGCUAUCAGAAAUGUCCUCAGCAGCGGAAGCACUCAGUUCGGGCCCCCUUCAGAGUGGUCAGCUUCCACCCUGAAUGAGCUCAGUGGACUAUUCCGUCUAUUUGAUCGUAAUAUCCUGCAAAAGAUCCCUCAGAACGUUUUAACCCCUUGGCUGAAAAGCUUUAUGCAUGAUUCACCAUUGCCGAGAGAGCAGCUGGCCUCCAUUGUUAAAAACCUCCUGCCUUCCAGGUGGAAACGCGCUGCCGGGUGCCCGGAGGGUAAGAAUAUAACAGAGGAGAUGGUAAAGGAUGAACUCAUGCCUAUUUACUAUACCCCUGAGGAAUUACAGGCCUGUUUGCAGGGUGUCACCCUGGCGGACCACCUGGACCAAAUGGCGCAAUACCCCUUCACUGAUCAGCAAUUGGCUGUGCUGAAGAAGAAGCUGGAUGAGCUGUAUCCCAAUGGAUACCCUGAGAAGAUAAUUCCCAACCUUGGGGCCAUCUCUUCCUUUGUCACCACCGAUGACAUUAAAAAAUGGAAUAUAACCUCAGCACAUACACUUGCCUUCCUGCUAAGCAAUGAGCCUCCUGAUGAGCAGGCUGCUCUGUUUAUCACAAAAUACACUGACUUGGGAAACCCACUGAACAUCACUGCUCUGAAUGCAAUCGGUACAAGAUAUAUAUGCCUUCUGAAGGAGCCCCAGUUGAAAAUGAUAGAGCCCAGCAACCUCAAAAUGGCCAAGUCGCUGGACCCUUCAGCCUGCCCUCAGUCUACAAAAGACAUCCUGUACCCCAAAGCUAAGCAAGCUUUCUCCGACCAACGCAGCCAGUUCCCGGCUUAUUACAACCUCAUCAAGCCAUAUCUAACCGGUGCUCCUGGAGAGGACCUAAGAGCUCUCAGCAAAGAUAACGUGAACAUGGAUAUCGGAACUUUCAUGAGCUUGAAAAAAGACUCCGUGCUGAAUCUAACAGCUGACGAUAUCAAGGGCUUGCUGGGACUAAAUCUUGAAGAUCUGAAAAAACAACAAUACAAUUCACCUGUAAAGGACUGGAUCCGACUACAGAGACAGUCUGAGCUGGAUAAACUGGGCAUUGGGCUCACUGGGGGAAUACCAGAUGGAUAUAUCAGUAUUCCACCCAAGUUUGAAAGGGAGCUGAGGACAGUCCAGAUGUUCAGGAAGCAGUCAAGGGUCUUCCUCACCAGGCACAGCCUCUGA